CCUCCCGGCGUGUUAUGACUCCUCUCACACGGCGCUGCCCCAGCCGCCGAGCCGAGGCUGCGCUCGAUCACAGGCCCCUCGGAGCCACCCCGGCGCCCGCGGCUCCCUCUCACUCUCCCCCCGGCCCCGGCCCCGGCCCAGCCCGCGACAUGCAGGCCGUCCUGCUGCCCUCUGACAGCGAAGGCGACAACACGGGCGCCCGAGCGCUGCUGGCUCUCAAGUCGGCGCCUUGCAGCCCGAGCCGGCACGGCGGUCAAAUCAAGGCCGGCGUCAUGCGCUGGGAGCUAGGCCUCGACCCGCAGGCCCCGCCCGACGCCGCCGUCGCCAAACUCGAAGGCCGCGACUUUGAGUACAUGAUGCGGCAGCCGUCGGUGACGAUCGGCCGCGACUCCAGCCAGGGCCCGGUGGACGUCAACAUGGGCCACUCGAGCUUCAUCUCCCGCCGCCACCUGCAGAUCGCCUUCCAGGAGCCGCACUUUUACCUCAGGUGCCUGGGCAAGAACGGCGUGUUCGUGGACGGCGCCUUCCAGAGGCGGGGAGCGCCGCCGCUGAUGCUGCCGCGACAGUGUAUGUUUCGUUUUCCCAGCACUGUGAUAAAGAUUACAUUCACAUCGCUUUAUAGCAAACAAGAGGUGAAAGAGGAACAGCCAGCAUCUCCCAUCCGUCCACUCUGCCCGCAGAUCUCACCGCUCAAGAUUAACAUUCCCGAUCCAAACAUCGACUUGGUCAGUCCUAUCCCAUCUCCCACCGGCACCAUCAGUGUUCCCAAUUCCUGUCCUGUGAGCCCACGAGGUGCCGGCUCCUCUGGUUACCGCUUUGGACGCAACAUCACAAGAGAUCUACAGCUAGCUGCAGCGUUUGCCGAGAAGGCGGCAUCCGAGCAACAAGCAGAAACAUCUGGUGGUGAUAGCCCCAAGGAUGAUUCAAAACCCCCGUAUUCCUAUGCACAGCUGAUUGUGCAGGCCAUAUCUUCUGCUCAAGACAAGCAAUUAACACUAAGCGGCAUCUAUGCACAUAUCACGAAGCAUUACCCUUACUACAGGACAGCUGACAAAGGAUGGCAGAAUUCCAUCCGCCACAACCUCUCUUUAAAUCGGUAUUUUAUCAAAGUGCCACGGUCGCAGGAAGAACCAGGAAAAGGGUCGUUCUGGAGAAUUGACCCAUCAUCAGAAACAAAGUUAGUGGAACAGGCAUUCCGAAAACGCAGGCAGCGAGGGGUGUCGUGUUUUAGGACGCCUUUUGGACCCAUCUCCUCCAGGAGUGCCCCUGCUUCUCCUAGCCACCCAGGUCUUCUCUCUCCUCAUUCAAGUGGAUUGCAGACACCUGAAUGUUUGUCUCGUGAAGGAUCGCCUAUCUCUCACGACCACGAUUUCACGAGCUCCAAGCUGGCAUCAGUGCCAGAGGUUCGUUACUCUCAAAGUGCACCAGGUUCCCCCGUUAGUGGUCAGCCUGUUAUAAUGGCAGUGCCUCCCCAACCACCUGGUAUUGUAAAAUCUGUGGCCUACAUGCCUGCCUCCCUAAUAACUUCCCCACAGUCUUCUGGCCAUGCCAUUCACGUGCUUCAGCAAGCUCCCACUGUAACCAUGGUCAGGGUGGUCACCACAUCAGCUAACUCCUCAAAUGGUUACAUCCUAACUAAUCCGAGCCACAUCGGUGGGCAGAUUAUACAAGAUUGUUCCAGUGAACAGAAAGGAGUCCUUGAUGAUAAAUCCCUUAUGACAUUUACCAAUGUACCGACUGGCAGUCGAGUGAUUCAGACAGUAAGCAGCCAAUUUCCCCAACAUGUACCCGGGCAGAUGGUCACCAUCUUGCAACAAGCACCAGCAACUUCCAUGGGACAGCACCAACUUCCAGUGAAGGCAGUAACUCAGAAUGGCAAACAUGCUGUUCCUGUAACAAGCCUUCAAGGAAAUACUUACACCAUCACUAAUCCACUACAGAUCCUGGCUGCACAGGCUACAUCUUCCUCGCCUGUAGUUGUGACCAAGCAUAUUGUCACAGAACUGCAACAUUCAGCUUCGUCCGUGGCCGAGCCAGACGCCAAGCGACCUAAGAUGGAAGAGUCGGCUGGGUCAGGUUCCAGUCUUGCUGUGAUCACAUCAACUCCACAGAUGCAGGGUACAAGCGACUAAAGCAAACCGGAAUCAAGGAAACAGGUUACAUUGGCGAGGAUAUUCUCGGGUGUUCCACUGGAAAGAAAAAAAAACAGAAUUCCAAGGUGCCAAACUGAUGGGAGAGAGGGAAAUAUAAUGAGCCUGUCUUGAACUGAAGCUCGGGUUUUAAAUGAGGAAACAAGAUAGCUGACUGUAGGAUAAAUGGUGGCUGAAGUGGAGAAAGCAGCCAUUUCCAUAAUUCUGACUUUGUUGGUAUUUUAAGAGCCUUAAUUUAAACGAAAAUGCUCUGCAGGAUUGGUGGGAGGGAAGCAGAUGACUUGAGUUCCUCAAUGCUGCAGUGGGAUAUUGGCAAGUACACGACUUGGCAACACGGAAAUAGGACUCUUAAGCGUGCUGACUUGCAUAAUUAAUUACUACAAACCAUCUGAGUACUGCUGAAUUGCCAUUACUUGUGCACACGGUCCCUCCGAGAAAAAACAAAACUUUAAUUGAUUGAAAUCUAAUAUUACCGCCCUGGUUUAUCACGGAGACUUUUUAUGCUCACACCUGGUGCCACGAUGUUCAGCUCGUUUGUCCCGCUUGCAUUGCACUUUGCAAAACUGCAUCCUCAGAGUGUGGCUCACUUGGUGAAGACUGCUUCCAUUCUAACCAAGAAACAUGGUUGUUUGGAGGUAUAGACUGCAGUGGCUCUGUAAGAUUGAAAUUUAUUUUAAAAUGGGAUAAUUCCUACUACUGUUAAAGCCUACCUUUUGGGGGGGGGUUUUAGGUGGUCCUGACUCCCUGCACUUCGUGUCAUUAACACAAAGAUAAUUAUCACAUCUUAUUGUUGUCAAAAUGAUAUUGUUUCCCCACACUGAAACUGUUUUUUAAGUGCUUGCUUGCACCAAACUCUGAGAAUUGUGCUUCACGAAUCACUUUGUCAAACUUGGCAAUGAUGUUUUAAAACAUUUUCAAACCAUGUCAUAGCCCACAAAUGACUAGCAAAGCAAAAUCUUAAUUAUUGAUAUUAAGUAGUGGCUCGUAAAAUCAAUGCUGUAAUUGGGAUCAGUGUCAAUAGAUGCUUUAGUUACCCAUUGACAUGAAUAUAUUCUCAACGUUUCAUUUGCUGAAAAUGACCAAGAUAUCUAGCAGUGAUUAGGUUUUUAAAAAAAUGUGUAAUAACAAAUUAUAGCAAACACAAUCAAGUUAUUUAUAUUGUUUGAUUAAGUCUGGAUUUAAUCCCCGUAUCAAAUCUAAUGGACAUCUGUAAUUGAUCCAGAUUCUUCAUGAGAUUAAUUGGCUUUCAAAUAUGCAUCAUUGUGUGUUUAAAAAAAAAUUAAAUAUUCUGUUCUGUGGAAAGAAAUGAUAUGGAAAUAUCUGAAGCCUUGAAAUAGGUGUAACAAAUUAGUUUGGACCCAAUUGAUCACAGUUUACUCUGCUCUGAGAACUUCUUGAGACCAUAACUUGCGUACCAUGUCAGAACCAUUAAUAUUGUUGCCUAACAAUGGCAAGCUGAUCAUUCGACCCAAGUUUGUGUUUAUCCACUAAAUUUCUUUUAUACUCUUUUCUAAAGGUCGCAUUUCAAAAAGAAAAAUAAUCUUGUUUUUACCCACUUUACACACCACA